GAUUCUGGCUCACCAAACCCCCAUCCUCACAGGGCCGACUAGGUACUCACCAUGACUGCAGCACAGCUCGUCACCUGGGGGAUGCUCCUGGCCACCGGGGUCCCUGCCAAAACCCAGGGGGUGCUGCCGGCAGGGCUGUCCUUAGAGGGGGACCCCUCGCACAGCCCUGCCUGGGGACAGCAGUGGCCAGAUCCAUCCCCCACCUGGGAGGCAUCCGGGGAGCCAAGCGGUGCCGGGGCCCCAAGGAGUGAGCGCUGGAGAGUCAACAACCCCGUGCACUGGUCCCCACCGCUCCAGGCAGGGGAUGGCACCAGGGCACCCCUGGAGAUGGAAACCACUACGACAGUUGCUAAUACCAAGGUCUGGAAGGAUGGCAGCACAGUCCCGGCUGUGACAGAGGAGCCGCUUGUUGCCUUGCGAGGACACGAGACUGAAGGCCAGGACAGCUCCCUGCCCCACGGCUCUGCACUGGGGACACCAGGCCYUGAGGUGCCCACGGACAGAGGGGCAGACUCGCCAGGGCCACCCUGGGCAGGGCAGGGCCUGUCCCUGUCCAGGCAGAGUGUCUCCAAGACAGUCGGCACCCCCAGUCCCCAGCCAACUGUAUCCACCAUUGCCCUGAAUCCCAUGCUGGCGGCACGGAUGCAGACAGCAGAUGCCCACACAGCGGGACAGAGAGCGGCAGAGGGACCCACAGCGGCCCCGGUCCACCCUCAGGACGCACAGCUCACUCCAGCCAGCAGCCAGUCAGUCCCACUGGGCACUGUCUCCGAUCCCACGGGCAUGGGGCCAGCCUGGGGUCCCCAUGCCAGCCCUGGCUCUGCACAGCUGGUGGGCAGCGGGGCGGACACGGGAGGAACCCCCAGCCCCUCCCCAGCUCUGCGCAGCUCCACCCAACAGCUGCCCCACACAGCCCCGUCCUGGGGGCUGRCUGAGCCCUGGACUCGAGUGCUCCCGUCCCACCAGCGCAGCACUCGGAGGGCCCCACGGAGCCACGCCACCACCAGCCCUGGGGAUGCAGCCUCUCGCACGGACCUCGGGACCACGGCGCAGCGGGGACCCCAACCCAAUUCAGGGUCUGUCCUCAGCACCGGCCCUGCGCUGCUCCCCGCCUCCAGCACGGCCACCGCCGGCACCCCCAGCACAGGGCUGCUGCCUGAGGAGGACGUCGGCUCCCCGCAGCAGGUUCGGGGAGCCGUGGGCCCCGUAAGCGUCCCAAACGCCACAAAGACGACCCCACAGCCGACGGUGCAUCCCACCACAGGGACGGUCGGGACAAAUCGCUCAGACACUCCAGGGACGCAGCCCCCAGUCCGCAGCACUGCGACCCCCUCGGCCACGUGGCGACGGGCAGGGACGACAMCUCAGCCAGCCCCCCGAGACCCAUCCUCGCCGCAGCCACAGCCCAGCCGUGCCCCGCCGGCGCCAGGRGCCAACGGGACCGGGCUGCGCUGGGCCGAGCUGCAGCAUCAACUGGGCUUCUCCUGGGAGGCCCAUGUCUACGGGGUGGCUGCCGUCUUCCUGCUGCUGGCACUGGGCUGCCUGGCCGGGCUGGCGGGGACAGCCAUCCUGCGGCCCCCACACCUGCCCCAYGUUGCGGGGGCCCACGGGCUGCUGCUGGCUGCCUGCCUGCUGCGGGCCACCUUCCUGCUGCUGGAUCCCUAUGGGGCACGGGGCCGCCUGCCCUCGCCGGCCCUGCUGCUGCUCAGCACAGCCCCUUUCUCCCUGCUGCUCGCCGACUUUGCCCUUCUGCUGCAGCGGCUGCAGCGCCUGGCCCAGCUCCAGCUGCUGCCAGCCCGUCUGCGGAGGCUGCCGGCGCUGGGGGCUGUUGCUGCCCUGCAGAGUGCGGUGAUGGGGGCGGCCGACCUGCUGCCGCCUCGGCUGGGGCUCACGGCCGCGCUGGGGCUGCAGGCUCUGGGCUGCGUGGCGGGGGCUCUGCUGCUGGCGGCGGGGCUCUGGGGGUGCUGGCGGGUGCUGCGGGCUCCCUGCGAGGGGCCAGGCCCGGGGCCGCGGCCGGGGGCGCGGGCGCUUCUGRCGGCGGCGGUGGCGGGGCUGCCGGUGUGCGGGCUGCAGCUCUACAGCGCGGUGUGGCUGCGAGGGGUCCUGGGGCCCCCCGGGCGCUUCUCCCGGCCCGGCUGGACGGCACAGCUCUGGCUGCGGAUCGGCGAGCUGGGCACGGCCCUGGCGCUGCUGGCGGCCGCCGCCGAGCCCGUGUGCUGCCGGUGCCGCCGCCGGAGCCCCGCCGGCCACUCCUGCUGGGCCAAGGCACUGCGGUACUUCUGCGCCGGCCGCAAAGCUGAGGCACCCGAAUACCCCAACAACUGCUACGACUGGGCCGGUGGCAGCACCGGUGGCAGCAGUGUGGAGCGGACACCCGCCAAUGACAUCUCCAAGAGCCUCAUCCGCAACCCAGCGGAGCAAAUGCCCCUGCGGGCUCUGAAGGACAGCAACGAGGCCUGGGCAGCUGGCGCCGGGAUGCCGGGGCUCAGCCCCAAGUGCCCCAACAUGCUGGCCGCCCGCUCCUGCACCGCCUUUGAGCAGGGCUCAUCCCCCUCGCUCGGGGAGCUCAUCUUCCGCCCGCCGUCCCCCAUUGACCUGCGCCGCAGCAUCGACCAGGCGCUGUGCCGCCGCCACCUCCUGCACGACGGCCUCUUCGGCCGGGCCCGCCGCGGCUCCGGCUCCUCACUGCACGGCUCCCCAGCCCCCGACAAGACCCCCAGCUUGGGGCGCAUGGUGCGGUGCAGCUCGCUCACGGAGCUGCCCGGCCCCCGCCAGCCCCCCGGCACCAUCACCGUCACYGUCACCGCCUCGGCCAGCUCGCUGGAGAGCAGCUCACUGAAGAUCAGCUGGAACCCCUGGCGCCACGGCCUGUCCUCGCCCGACAGCCUGCCCCUGGACGAGGCGCCCAGCCGGGCCCCGCUCCUGGUGCCCGCCGGAGCCCCCGGAUGGGAGCGCGAGGGUCCCCGCGCCCUCCCAGCCCUUGGCAAGGCGGUGGACUCCCGCAGCCUCUCCAGCGACACCAUUGAGCUCUGAGCCCGGGACAGGCAGAGACUGGGGGCGCAGGAGGACGAUGAGCCCAGUUGGAGGGUGUGGGGGUCUGAUCCUGCGCCUCUGUAGGGCCGGGCAGGGGCCGACUCCAUUUGUGCCAAACGAGAGAAAUAAAGUAUGCUGGGAGGAGGCGGUUCUGUUGGCAUGUGAAGGCGGUGGUAGGCAGYAGCAGCCCCAAUCCCCACCAAUU